UGUUUGUCUAUGAAGAGUGACUGGUCCAAAGAGAAAGAUCCUCCAAAGUUCAGUAAUGAACCUGGACCCUCAGACACAAAAGGUCAGGACCACAGACUGAGAGCAGAGUCUCCAGGAUCCAGCUGUCUGUCUGUGAAGAGUGACUGGUCCAAAGAGAAAGAUCCUCCAAAAUUUAGUAAUGAACCUGGACCCUCAGACACAAAAGGUCAGGACCACAGACUGAGAGCAGAGUCUCCAGGAUCCAGCUGUCUGUCUUUGAAGAGUGACUGGUCCAAAGAGAAAGAUCCUCCAAAGUUUAGUAAUGAACCUGGACCCUCAGACACAAAAGGUCAGGACCACAGACUGAGAGCAGAGUCUUCAGGAUCCAGCUGUCUGUCUGAGGUUUUAGAUGAACAUAAGAUCAGUCUGAGGAGGAGAUGUGAACGUGUGACUGAAGGAAGUGAUGGAACAGGAAGUGAAACCCUCCUCAACAGGAUCUACACUGAGCUCUACAUCACAGAGGGACAGAGUGAAGAGGUUAAUACCCAACAUGAGGUGAGGCAGCUGGAGACAGCUUCCAAGAUGGAGACCCUCCAUGACACUCCAAUCAAGUGCCAUGACAUCUUUAAAGCCUUACCUGACCAACAGAGACACAUCAGAGUCGUUUUGACGAACGGCGUCGCUGGCAUUGGAAAAACCUUCUCAGUGCAGAAGUUCACUCUGGACUGGGCAGAGGGCUCUGAAAACCAAGACGUCAGUCUGCUGGUUCUGCUUUCGUUCAGGGAGCUGAACCUGAUCAAAGAUGAGCAGUACAGUCUUCUCAUGCUGCUCCACGUUUUCCAUCCAACAUUAAAGAAGGUCACAGCAGAGAAGCUCGCUGUCUGUAAAGUGUUGUUCAUCUUUGACGGCCUGGAUGAAAGCAGACUUUCACUGGAUUUCAGCAACAGGGAGGUCAUGUCUGAUGUCUCACAGAAGUCAUCUGUCAAUGUUCUGCUGACAAACCUCAUCCAGGGGAAUCUGCUUCCCUCUGCUCUGGUCUGGAUAACUUCCCGACCUGCGGCAGCCAGUCAGAUCCCUCCUGCAUGUGUUGGCAGGGUAACAGAAGUACGAGGCUUCACUGACGCCCAGAAGGAGGAGUACUUCAGGAGGAGAUCCAGUGAUGAAGAACUGUCCAGAAGAAUCAUCUCACACAUCAAGACAUCCAGGAGCCUCCACAUCAUGUGUCAGAUCCCAGUCUUCUGCUGGAUCUCUGCUACAGUUCUGGAGCACAUGUUGACCACAGAGCAGAGAGGAGAGCUGCCCAAGACCCUGACUGACCUGUACUCACACUUCCUGCUGGUUCAGACAAAGAGGAAAAAGCACAAGUAUGAUGAGGGACAUGAGACAAGUCCACAGGAGCUAAUGAAGGCUGACAGUGAAGUUCUUCUGAAGCUGGGGAGGCUGGCGUUUGAACAUCUGGAGAAAGGAAACAUCAUGUUCUACCAAGAAGACCUGGAGCAGUGUGGUCUUGAUGUCACAGAGGCCUUGGUUUACUCAGGAGUUUGUACAGAGAUCUUUAAAAGAGAGAGUGUGAUCUUCCAGAAAACAGUCUACUGCUUUGUUCAUCUGAGCAUUCAGGAGUUUCUGGCUGCAGUCUACAUGUUCCACUGUGUCACCAACAGGAAGACAGAGGUAUUGAAGGACUUCCUGGGAGAACAAUGUGUUGAUUCAAGCCUGCAUUUCUUCCUGAUGAAAACAGUGAACAAAUCCCUAAGCAGUAGAAAUGGCCACCUGGACCUGUUUGUUCGAUUUCUUCAUGGCCUGUCUCUGGAGUCCAACCAGAGACUCUUAGGAGGCCUUCUGGGUCAAACAGAUACCAGACCAGAGACCAUCCAGAAAGUCAUCAACAACCUGAAGGAGAUGAACAGAGGUGAUAUCUCUCCUGACAGAAGCAUCAACAUCUUCCACUGUCUGAUGGAGAUGAACGACUGCUCAGUACAUCAGGAGAUCCAAGAGUUCCUGAAGUCAGAGAACAGAUCAGAGAAGGAACUCUCUGUGAUCCACUGUUCAGCUCUGGCCUACGUUCUGCAGAUGUCAGAGGAGGUUCUGGAUGAGUUGGACCUGAAGAAUUACAACACAUCAGAGGAGGGACGACGGAGACUGAUCCCAGCUGUGAGGAACUGCAGAAAGGCUCAACUUUCUGAGUGUGGACUCUCAGAGACUCACUGUGAAGUCGUGGCCUCAGCUCUGAUGUCCAACCCCUCCCACCUCACAGAGCUGGACCUGAGUGGAAACAACCUGCGGGAUUCAGGAGCGAAGCCGCUGUCUGCUGGACUGGAGAGUCCAAACUGUAGACUGGAGACUCUGAGGUUGAGUCACUGCAGUUUGUCAGAGAUCAGCUGUGCUUCUCUGGCCUCAGCUCUGAAGUCCAACCCCUCCCAUCUGAGACACCUGGACCUGAGUGACAACAACCUGCAGGAUUCAGGAGUGAAGCAUCUGUGUGGUUUUCUGCAGAGUCCAGACUGUGGACUGGAGACUCUGAGGUUGAGUUACUGCAGUUUGUCAGAAAUCAGCUGUGCUUCUCUGGCCUCAGCUCUGAAGUCCAACCCCUCCCAUCUGAGACACCUGGACCUGAGUGAAAACUGGGACCUGCAGGAUUCAGGACUGAAUCAUCUGUGUGGUUUUCUGCAGAGUCCAGACUGUGGACUGGAGACUCUGAGGUUGAGUUACUGCAGGUUGUCAGAGAUCAGCUGUGCUUCUCUGGCCUCAGCUCUGAAGUCCAACCCCUCCCAUCUGAGACACCUGGACCUGAGUGAAAACUGGGACCUGCAGGAUUCAGGACUGAAGCAUCUGUGUGGUUUUCUGCAGAGUCCAGACUGUGGACUGGAGACUCUGAGGUUGAUCAACUGCAGUUUGUCAGAGAUCAGCUGUGCUUCUCUGGCCUCAGCUCUGAAGUCCAACCCCUCCCAUCUGAGACACCUGGACCUGAGUGGAAACAACCUGCAGGAUUCAGGAGUGAAGGAUCUGUGUGGUUUUCUGCAGAGUCCAGACUGUGGACUGGAGACUCUGAGAUUGAGUCACUGCAGUUUGUCAGAGAUCAGCUGUGCUUCUCUGGCCUCAGCUCUGAAGUCCAACCCCUCCCAUCUGAGACACCUGGACCUGAGUGACAACAAGCUGCAGGAUUCAGGAGUGAAGGAUCUGUCUGAUCUUGUG